GGCCAGCGGCCGAGCCCAGCACAGGGGCAGGUCCCGCGCGGGAGGAUGGGCUGUGGGCGCAGCCGGCCGAGCUGCUGCAAACCCCCCAAAAAGAGGCGCCAAGAACCAGAUCAGCCACCCAGACCAGAAACGCAGGAACUAGGUCCCCUCCGUGGGGACACAGCCCCCGCCGUCCAGCCGUGUGCCUGUGCCGGGCAGCGCCGGGACCCCGCCAGAACCCCCCAGCAGCGCGAAGAGGACGAGAGGCAAUGGGAGCAGCAGGUGGAGAGGGACCUGGAGCGGGAGCUGCGCCAGAGGCUGGACGAGCAGCGGAGGGGCCUGGAGGUCGAGCACGAAGCGGCUCUACAAGCCCUGCAGGCCUCCCACACGCAGGAGACAGCAGCGCUCACACGCUCCUUCCAGGAGGCUGAGACGGCCCUGCAGGACACCAUCGCUGGGCUGACCUCCCAGCUGGAGGCCUUCCAGGCCAAGGCCAAGAGGGUGGAGGAGUCCAUUCGGAGCCGAGACUACAAGAAGCACUGCCAGGACCACGGCAGCCUCAGCCCGUUCUGGGAGCAGGAGCUGGAGAGCCUGCACUUCGUCAUCGAGAUGCGGAGCCAGCGCAUGCAUGAGCUAGACCGGCGGCUGGCCCUCAUGGAGACCGUGAAAGAGAAGAACCUGAUGCUGGAGGAGAAGGUCACAGCCCUGCAGCAGGAGAACGAGGUCCUGCGGGCGCGCAGCCUCAGCCAGGCCGCCUCCGCGCGGCAGCUCUCCGAGGACCUGCUGGGUGCGCGCGAGGCCCUGGAGAAGGAGUGCCGGCUCCGGCAGCAGCUGCAGCAGGAGAAGGACGAGCUGUUGUUCCAGGUGCUGGGCGCCCAGGCCUCGCCCGCCUUCCCCCUGGCCCCCGUCACCCCCACCGAGGUCUCCCUGGCCACGUAGGCGGCGGCUCGUGGCCUGGGCGCCCCCUCCAGGCCUGUGGGGACACAGCAGGAGCCUCUGCCCGCCGACCGCCCGCGGCUGGAAGUGCCUUCGGCCGGUCCAGGAAGCCUGGGUGCUGACCGCCCUGGCGCUCUGUCCAGAGCGGGGCUCCUAGGGCACCCCAGGUGGCCUUGGGCUCUGACGAAGAGGAGACAGCUGUCCUGCUGGUGGGGACGGCCCUGCCGCCUGCCUGCCCGCCGCCCAGCCCUCACCCGCGCCCCCCUGCCGCCCUGGGCGCGCCCUCCUGUGUCCCCCUCCCCUGUGUCCUGGACUGUCCAUCACGGAACCAGAGCCAGCCCCAAAGGGGGCAUUUAGUCAAGGCUUCUGUGCCCACCCGCAGGAGGCCCCAGCAGGUCCCACCUCCUCAGAGGCAGAGCACCCCCAUCCAGCCCGGCGGCACCCCCGCCAGCUGCUGCCUCGGGGGGGGGAACGUCCCCCCACCCAACGCAGGAGGCCCUCCCCCCCUGCUCCUCCCUUCUACCCCCCCUCAAGCCCGGCUGUGACUGUCUGGGCUGCGGCAGGCCGGGCGGGCAGGCGGGCAGCAAGGCACCAUCUUCCACACACGCACCCGGGCCCCCUGCACGCUCACGGGCCGGCAGAGGACAGCCGGUCACCCGAAGGAUUGGAGCAACUCUGGGCUCGCUCCAGUGGAACAGAGCUGCCCCCUGUGGCUUCUGGAAGCUUCCGCCUGGUGUCCGCAGCCCGCGGAGGAGCAGAGCCAGCACCUCUGGAUGACUUGGACUGGGCUUGUGGCCGUGGCGGCUGCGCCUCGCAGGAAGUCAAGGGGCUGGGGGGCCGGGGGUG